AUGACGCAGCAACUGCCCGUGGUUUUUGCCUACAACGCUGCCUUAGCAGUGUCGUCGGGCUCCUGUCGACUUGGUGUCACGACAACGACCAAACGCGAUCGCUACGUCAUCUGGCUCGAGGCCAAGGCGUCCAAGCACCAAUGGCAAUGUUGUGUGUCGGACAUGACGCAGCACGCGCCACCAAACGUCGUGCUGCCCAUGCACGCCGUCAUGGCGGCGUUCAAGCGCGCAGUUGAGGCGCCGUCGUCGCGUGAGACGCUGAACAUGGGAACGCCGGAUGCUGCGGACGCAAAAGACGGUCACCUUCAGCUCAUUCUGCACAUGUCACUCAUGGUCGAGCUCGAGUUGGACUUUACGUUUGAUAUGGCGCCAUUGACGGUCGAGGCGGUUGAGAUUCUGGCUGCCAAGAUCCGCGACGUGGAAGACACGAUUGCAGUUACCAACCAAAAGCUGUCGGCGCUCGAGAAGCGCCUGAACGAGGCGUCACCCACUUGGGCGCCAUUCUGCGGUGGGGACUCCAAGAAGGCUGCUGAACCCUAA